AUGGGAGGUGUAUGGUGGUGCAUUGCAAUCAUGCAGCAUGUUACAAAUAAACAACCUGGUGCCUUUUUCAUUGAUGGUCCUGGUGGCACAGGGAAAACCUUCCUCUACAAAGCGUUGUAUGCUGAAAUUAGGCUCAUGAACAAGAUUGUAUUGCCUACAGCUACUUCUGGAAUUGCAGCUGCAAACAUUCCUUCUGGUCGAACGGCACAUUCAAGGUUUAAGAUCCCAAUUGAUUCUGAUUCUUCCCGGGCAUGUGUUGUUCCCAAACAAGGUAGCCUUGCAGCACUUCUAAAAGAGGCAACUUUGAUAAUCUGGGAUGAAGCUUCAAUGGCACAUAAAGAAAAUCUUGAAUCCUUAGAUAUGCUAUUUCUUCGGGGGAGUUUCCGACAAGUUCUGCCAGUUGUCCCGCAUAAGACACAACGUGAAGCAGUUGGGGCUACCGUUGUUACCUCAUACUUGUGGCCUAAGCUUACAAAAUUUAAACUCACUGAAAAUAUACGAGCUCGGGAUGAUCCCCAGUAUUCUAUUUUUUUGCUGUCCUUGGGAAACGGAGAACUACAGCAAACAGAUAAUGGAUAUGUUCAGUUACCUAUGGAAAUUGUAAGGCCUCUUGUACCUGAUGUAGAUCCUGUCAAAGAAAUCAUGAAAGCUAUUCUUACACCAAUGAACGAUGAUGUCGAUCUUAUAAAUGCUGUAAUGAUUGAAGAAUUUCCAGGUGAUCCUGUAGUGUAUAAAAGCUUUGACAGUGUUCUUGAUGACAUGUGCAAUGUGUGCCCAACAGAAUUUAUAAACAAGUUGUGCCCAGGAGGUAUGAGCCCUCAUGAACUCAUGUUGAAGGAAGAUUGCCCUGUUAUUUUGCUACAUAAUAUACUUCCUUCCUCCGGCCUAUGUAAUGGUACACGACUAAUAUGCAAGAAAUUUUUCCCAAAUGUCAUUAUGUGUGUCAUAGCUGUUGGCCAGUAUGCUGGUCAACAUGUGCUCAUACAUAGAGUUCGUCUGAGACCUUCUGCUUCUUCGAAGUAUCCUUUCCAGUUUGAAAGAAACCAGUUCCCAAUAAAGCUGAGUUUCGCAAUGACCAUAAACAAGUGUCAAAGACAGACCCUUAAUCAAGUCUGUGUCUAUCUUCCCCGACCCUGCUUUUCUCAUGGACAAUUGUAUGUUGCUCUCUCUCGAGCAAAGGAAGCUAGAAAAAUAACUGUCCACACCUCACGUCCUCCAGCACAGUAUACAGCCAACUUUACUAAGAAUGUUGUCUCAUAUGAUGUCUUGCGCUUGACCAGCAUAACUCAAGGUUCCAGUGAUGUGUAA